UGCCAGGCCCAGCGUCGGAAGACAGCGCUGGUGGGGAGCAGUCUGGGUGUCUGUGCAGGAAACUGCUGCACUUGGUGAGGUGGGCAUGGGAGACCGAGCCCGGCUGACCAGAGACCCCGUUUUCUUCCAGACUGAGGGGGAAGGCGGUGGGGCCUCCCCACCUGCCCCACAGAAGAUGCAGUUCUUCGGCCGCCUGGUCAAUACCCUCAGUAGCGUCACCAACUUGUUCUCUAACCCGUUCCGGGUGAAGGAGGUGGCUGUGGCUGACUACGCCUCGAGUGGCCGGGUUCGGGAGGAAGGGCAGCUGAUUCUGUUCCAGAACACUCCCAGUCGCACGUGGGACUGCGUCCUGGUCAACCCCAAGAGCUCACAGAGUGGAUUCCGACUCUUCCAGCUGGAGUCGGAGGCCGAUGCCCUGGUGAACUUCCAACAGUAUACCUCCCAGUUGCCGCCCUUCUACGAGAGCUCCGCCCAGGUGAUGCACACCGAGGUCCUGCAGCACCUGACUGACCUCGUCCGCAACCACCCCAGCUGGUCGGCGGCGCACUUGGCGGUGGAGCUGGGCAUCCGCGAAUGCUUCCAUCACAGCCGCGUCAUCAGCUGCGCCAAUAGCAGGGAGAACGAGGAGGGCUGCACUCCCCUGCACCUGGCCUGCCGCAAGGGCGACGGGGAGAUACUGGUGGAGCUGGUGCAGCACUGCCACGCCCAGAUGGACGUCAGCGACAACAAGGGAGAGACCGCCUUCCAUUAUGCCGUCCAGGGGGACAACUCCCAGGUGCUGCAGCUUCUAGGGAAGAACGCGUCGGCCGGCCUGAACCAGGUGAAUAACCAGGGGCUGACCCCGCUGCACCUGGCCUGCCAGCUGGGGAAGCCGGAGAUGGUCCGCGUGCUGCUGCUGUGCAACGCCCGCUGCAACGUCAUGGGGCCCGGCGGCUACCCCAUCCACUCGGCCAUGAAGUUCUCCCAGAAGGGGUGUGCUGAGAUGAUCAUCAGCAUGGACAGCAGCCAGAUCCACAGCAAAGACCCUCGCUACGGAGCCAGCCCCCUGCACUGGGCCAAGAACGCAGAGAUGGCCCGCAUGCUGCUGAAACGGGGCUGCGACGUGAACAGCACCAGCUCGGCAGGGAACACCGCCCUGCACGUGGCGGUGAUGCGCAACCGCUUCGACUGCGUCAUGGUGUUGCUGACCUAUGGGGCCAACGCUGAUGCCCGCGGCGAGCACGGGAACACCCCGCUGCACCUGGCCAUGUCGAAAGACAACGUGGAGAUGAUCAAGGCCCUCAUUGUGUUUGGGGCAGAAGUGGACACCCCGAAUGACUUUGGGGAGACUCCUACAUUGAUAGCCUCCAAGAUCAGCAAACUCAUCACCAGGAAGGCACUCUUGACUCUGCUGAGAACUGUGGGGGCAGAGUACUGCUUCCCACACGUCCCAGGGGUCCCCAUGGAGCAGGGCUCUGCGGCAUCACCUCACCCCAUCCUCUCACUGGAAAGAGCUCAGCCCCCACCGAUCAGCUUAAACAACCUCGAGCUGCAGGAUCUCGUGCACAUCUCCCGGGCCCGGAAGCCGGCGUUCAUCCUGAACUCCACGAGGGACGAGAAGCGCACCCACGACCACCUGCUCUGCCUGGACGGAGGGGGCGUGAAAGGCCUCGUGAUCAUCCAGCUCCUCAUCGCCAUCGAGAAGGCCUCAGGCGUGGCCACCAAGGACCUCUUUGACUGGGUGGCAGGGACCAGCACAGGGGGCAUCCUGGCCCUGGCCAUUCUGCACAGUAAGUCCAUGGCCUACAUGCGUGGCGUGUACUUCCGCAUGAAGGAUGAGGUGUUCCGCGGCUCGAGACCCUACGAAUCGGGACCUCUGGAGGAGUUUCUGAAACGGGAAUUUGGGGAGCACACCAAGAUGACGGACGUCAAGAAACCCAAGGUGAUGCUGACGGGGACGCUGUCUGACCGGCAGCCGGCUGAGCUCCACCUCUUCCGGAAUUACAAUGCUCCGGAAUCCGUGCGGGAGCCUCGUUUCAGCCAGAACGUUAACCUAAGGCCUCCAACUCUGCCCGCAGACCAGCUCGUGUGGCGGGCAGCCCGAAGCAGUGGGGCAGCCCCCACCUACUUCCGACCCAAUGGGCGCUUCCUGGACGGCGGGCUGCUGGCCAACAACCCCACACUGGACGCCAUGACCGAGAUCCACGAGUACAACCAGGACUUGAUCCGCAAGGGUCAGGGCAACAAAGUGAAGAAACUCUCCAUCGUCGUCUCUCUGGGGACAGGGAGGUCCCCACAGGUGCCCGUGACCUGUGUGGACGUCUUCCGUCCCAGCAACCCCUGGGAACUGGCCAAGACUGUUUUUGGGGCCAAGGAACUGGGCAAGAUGGUGGUGGACUGCUGCACAGAUCCAGAUGGGCGGGCCGUGGACCGGGCCCGGGCCUGGUGCGAGAUGGUCGACAUCCAGUACUUCCGGUUGAACCCCCAGCUGGGGACAGACAUCAUGCUGGACGAGGUCAGCGACGCGGUGCUGGUCAACGCCCUCUGGGAGACCGAGGUCUACAUCUAUGAGCACCGGGAGGAGUUCCAGAAGCUCAUCCAGCUGCUGCUGUCACCGUGACCCCAGCCACCCCACCCCGCCCUCCCACCCAGCCCCUGCUGGGGAGACUGUCUGCUGGGCAGAUCCAGGGCGGAGGCAGCUCUGCGUCCACAGAUGGGACUGGAGGGCACCGACUGCCUGCCCAAGGCUGGUCCUGAAGGCCUCUCUGCCCUGACCCCACCCUCCAUCACUUUGUGUCAUUCCAGGCUUAGAAAGUCUAGAGCCCCCUUGGCCCUCUCCCCGACUGUGAAGGACAACUGACAGCUCAAACACUAAGGGUGCUGGGGCACUCCCCGCCCUGCCCCAGCCCCGCCUCCCAGAGGGCCUGCAGGGGCUGCCUCUGCACAGCCCGAGUGAGGGCCGUCCGGGUUCCCUGGUGGGUGCAGCUCACCCCUUCUACCCUCUGCCCUGUCCCCUGGGGCUGGGGCUAGAGAAACAGGGCAUCCCCACGUCAUGCGCAGGGGAAACCCAGGCUGCAGGUGUGGCAUGCCCGUUUGACUUUGCCCCUCGAUGCUGGCCCAGCUGCCGCACCCCUGAGGGCCGCCCCACCCCAAGGGCUCUCAAAGGUCACUCCUAGGAGUUAAGUGAUUCUUUCCGAUGGAAGUGGUUUAAGAGUGGGGUGGGGCUCCAGGUCUGCCCUGAAACUGUGAA